ACAGUAAAACCGGAUGUGUACGUUUGCCCAUCAUACGUAAUAGAGAGCUACGAUUUCUGACGGUUUCUCAUACUUUUUUUGCCUCUCGGAAGAGUUGCAGUUAUUGGUUUUUAGUUUUUACGGAUUAGAUAUUCCGGAGAAAUCGUCGCAUAUCAAAGGUCUUCCUCGUGAGUUGAUCCAGAGAGAAGGUUUCAAGUUUCAAACGGUUCGGAGUUCGAAGCUGACUGCUGAGAGUGCUGAACGGGUGGUUGGUGGUUUAUUCGUUCUCGUCCUCGACGCGACCGAUGUGGAGUGUGGAGGCUCCACGCGAGUCUCCCCGACAAAUCGCUCGAAAAUGCAAGUGCAGGAGGCCGAAGGCGCGGAUGGAUCCCCGUGGAAUAACUCGAGUGGCUGCGAUGAGGAACGUAGACCAGCUCAAAAGGAGGGUAAAAAGUCAAAUGUGUUGCCACUUUGGGGCAAUGAGAGGACUAUGAAUUUGAAUCCUUUGAUCCUCACCAAUAUACAGUCGUCACAUUAUUUCAAGGUGAAUCUGUAUGAACUCAAAACUUAUCAUGAGGUGAUCGAUGAGAUCUAUUAUAAGGUCUCUCACCUUGAACCAUGGGAGAAAGGCAGCAGGAAGACUGCGGGCCAAACCGGCAUGUGUGGAGGCGUACGAGGUGUGGGAGCUGGCGGAAUUGUUUCCACGGCAUAUUGUCUACUGUACAAACUCUUCACGCUGAGGCUAACCAGGAAGCAACUGAAUGGGCUCAUUAAUCAUCCGGACUCACCCUACAUACGCGCUUUAGGAUUUAUGUAUAUUAGAUACACACAGCCACCGGCAGACUUGUUCAGCUGGUACAGCGACUAUCUGGAGGACGAAGAGGAAUUAGAUGUGAAGGCGGGCGGCGGGCAAAUGAUGAAAAUGGGCGACAUUCUCAAACAAUUCCUCACCAAACUCGAGUGGUUCUCCACGUUGUUUCCACGGAUACCAGUACCGAUUCAAAAGGAUUUGGAGCUGCGAUUGGCCGAGCGUUUUCCGCAGCAGCAGGUGAAUGCGCGAAACGCUAAACCGCCGAUUACUCUUAAUAGCCACGGCAAGUACGGCAAUAAAGAUGGCCGUAAGGAUAAUGGUAAUUUGACCGCGCGUAACCAGCAACCCCGACAUAUCCCCGACAACGAGGCUCAGUGGGGUGAGGCCGAGCGUAUGAGCCAGUGGCGUGCCAGAACCGACGAGGAUCGUAAGGACAAGAAUAGAGAGCGCGAUCGAGAGCGCGAGAGGUUGCGGGAGCGUGACAGAGAAAGAGCUCGCGAACGUGAGAGAGACAGGCACGGUAGAAGGUCUAGCAGUCGUGAUAGAAAUAGAAGACAGAGGGAUUAUAAAAGUCGCAGCAGAGACAGGUCACACAGAGAUCGGAGCAGGGAUCGCAAUCGCGACAGAGACCGACAUCACAGGUAAGGACAGAAGAGGCUCGCCGUAUGACUACGCCGCAGAGUUAGUACGCGAGCGCGAGAGGCAACGAAGGGAAAGAGAAUAAGAGACGAUUACACAUUGUGUACAUAUUUAAUUAUUUCUACGAACUAAUAUGUAACUAUGAGCAUUAAGGAAAAAAGCGACAGUAGCUGCCGAGCCAAGUCACCAUCACCACCACUACAAUCACUAUCUCUCAUCAGCAUGUGCAUUAAGUACGUUCACAGGGGAAUGUUUUCCGAGGUGGAAAUAAGUGGAAUUAAGUUUAAUGUGUAACAUGUAGUUUACAUGUUUUUAUAAAAUAAACUCGUCACUGUCACU